AUGGAGGACACUGUCGACAGAAAGUUCACCAAAAGAUUCAACGAAGUCGCCCAAUUGUACGACGAUGAUGCACUCGAGGAGUGCAUCAACAAAGGGCGCACUUUACUAGACGAUCCAGCCCUGCCUCGAUACCAUCGCAUGAAGACCUGGGUUCUUCUCGGAUCUAUCGUGGGCGACUGGGAGGAGGCUGAGGAAUUCUGCGUCAAGGCGAGGUCUUUGUGGCGGAUUGAGUUGUGGGAGACAACGGACGAGCUCGAGGAGGCGAUUGGGAAAGAGGAGCCCGAGGGCUAUGACUACGAUGUUGCCGUGGACGGUCUGAUUGAUGGCUAUGACGCCGACAUGGCGGGCGCCAAAGAGCUCGCUGAAGCAGAGGGAGAAGAGCCAGAAGAGGGAGAGGGCUUCAAUCUGCCAUUACGCACAGCUGAGGAAUCUACGAAGCAUGAGAACGAGCAGCAGGAGUCCAGCGGUGGAAAAGACGGCGACAGCAGCCACAGUACUUCGUGA